CUUCUUUAAACACAAAUACAGAAAAAGAAACCCAUAACUUCUUUAACACGCACCAUCCUCUCCUGUUUCCGAUCGAUCUGCCAUGGCGUUGCUCUUGAAGAAAGCCCUCAGAGAAGCUGCUAAAAACAAGUCAUUUUCUUCCCACCAUUUUCAAAGCUUGUCUCUUUCUGCUUCUUUCUCUGCAGUUUCUUCUUCUUCUUCUUCUUCUGAAGGUGAUCAAUUAGCUGUUCUGCCACGGUUUGAUUACGUGCCGAAGCCGUACAAUGGCCCUCUCGCUGACGAGGUCUUUCGGAAGAGAAAAACGUUUCUGGGUCCUUCGCUGUUCCACUACUAUCAGAAGCCUCUCAAUAUUGUUGAGGGGAAAAUGCAAUACUUGUUUGAUGAGAACGGGAAGCGCUAUCUGGAUGCAUUUGCUGGGAUAGUAACCGUAUCCUGUGGACAUUGCCAUCCUGAUGUUCUAAAUGCUAUUAUGGAGCAAAGCAAGCUUCUUCAGCAUGCCACCACCAUAUACUUGCACCACGCAAUAGCUGAUUUUGCAGAGGCAUUAGCGUCAAAAAUGCCUGGAAACCUCAAGGUUGUGUAUUUUGUGAAUUCCGGGUCAGAGGCGAAUGAAUUAGCUAUGCUGAUGGCCCGUCUCUACAGCGGUAAUCUGGGGAUGAUUUCGUUGAGAAAUGCAUAUCAUGGGGGAAGUUCUAGUACUAUUGGAUUGACAGCUCUAAAAACAUGGAAGUACCCAAUUCCAGAGGGUGAAAUUCAUCAUGUUGUAAAUCCAGAUCCGUAUCGAGGAGUUUUUGGCUCCGAUGCAAAACUUUAUGCAAAAGAUGUCCAAGAUCACAUAGAUUAUGGUAGUUCGGGACAUGUCGCUGGAUUUAUAGCCGAAACAAUUCAGGGAGUUGGAGGCGCAGUUGAAUUGACCCCCGGAUAUUUGAAACUAGUGUAUGACAUUGUUCGCAAGGCUGGUGGUGUCUGUAUUGCUGACGAAGUACAAACCGGGUUUGGCCGUACAGGAAGCCAUUACUGGGGUUUCGAGACGCAGGGUGUCAUUCCUGAUAUAGUUACAAUGGCAAAGGGUAUAGGAAAUGGUUUACCAUUGGGCGCUGUCGUGACAACACCGGAGAUAGCAAGCGUUCUCACGCAGAGGAUUCUAUUCAACACUUUCGGUGGGAAUCCUGUUUGUUCUGCCGGAGGGCUUGCAGUACUCAGAGUUAUUGACAAGGAGAAGCGCCAAGCUCAUUGCAACGAUGUUGGCUCUCACUUGCUUGAGCGUUUGAGAGCUCUUCAGGAAAAAUACGAAAUCAUUGGAGAUGUCAGAGGCAGGGGAUUAAUGGUGGGGGUAGAACUUGUAACUGACCGAAAAGAGAAGACACCUGCCAAGGAAGAAACCGGUGUUCUGUUCGAGAAACUAAGAGAGCUAGGAGUUCUACUUGGGAAAGGAGGACUACAUGGAAAUGUUUUCAGAAUCAAGCCACCAAUGUGCUUUACCAAAGAUGAUGCAGAUUUUCUUGUGGAUGCUUUGGACUACGCAAUCUCAAAGCUGUAAGCUUUGUCAAAUGUUGAGCCACAAAGGUUAUCUACUUUGUAAAGUCCUUUUCUUCAAGCUCUGUAAACAACUUGUAAACCUUGAACUAACAUCAAGUGUGUACUUGUGGGAGGGUCCAAGCUCAUUUAAUAAAAUGCUCUCAUUCAAAAAAAAAAAAAAAAAAAAAAA